CUAUGGAAGCGAUGUUUUCAUGGACAACAAGUCCAACAUUAAACUUUCUUCUUGUGUACGAUUAUAGACAUGUACUUAUUUUAAUAUCAAUGAGGUCAACAAAAUCAACCGGCAUUGAAGAGAACACGUGUAGUCUUAAAAAUAACACACUUUUAAAAGCAAAUUUCUCACGUAAUUUGUGAAUCCUCCAUAUAUUCUCUGUUUUUUUUUAAUUAAGUCUCAAGGUCAGAUAUAUACUGUUCAGAUUGUGUUGCCAAACAAUUCAGAAGUAGAGGUGAUGGCACACCCUUGAACAAGAGCAACAGCUCCAUUCACAAUGUAGCCAAUGACAACAUUGGCGUUGGCUUGGAUUCCUUUCAUUAGCUGUCAUUAGAGGUGGUGAUUCUUGCAAGUCGGGCCACAUACCUCAGCUACUGUUGGGGACACAUGCAGGCGACUGUCUUCACCUUUGUUUGGACAGGGCACAACACCAUGUGGAUUAGACGUGCAUCUACUAGAGGAAUUUUAAGGACGGACAGCAGGGUUACGGUAACAAUCAGAAGUCAUGUCGGCUGACAUCCUGCAGGGGUUCAGCACUUUGACGCUGAGCGUCAAGCAACUCAGCCGACUCCUUCGCCUCUCUAACCUCCUCCCUUCCUCCCUGCCGUCACCUUGCCCCACCGUUGCUGCCUCCCAGGUCCCCGCUCUGUUCCGAGAGCCCUACAUCCUGUCGGGCUACCGCCCCAUCCAGCAAGACUGGCGCUGCUACCUCCUGAGCCUCUUCCAGCGGCACAACGAAACCCUGAAUGUGUGGACUCACUUGCUCGCAGCUCCAGCAUUGCUGCUUCUCUGGUGGGCCAACGUGGGUGCCCUGGGGUACACCUUGGAUGCAGCCUCCCUACCUCUCGUCCUCUUCAUGGUGUCUUCUCUCACAUAUCUGUGCCUCAGCGUGGCAGCUCACCUCCUGCAGUCUCAUUCCGAGCGUGCGCACUACUACUUCUUCUUUUUGGACUACGUGGGUGUGGCGGUAUACCAGUAUGGCUGCUCACUCGGCCAUUACUUCUACUCCUCUGAGCCAGCGUGGAGAGACAGUAUUGGGAUGAUGUUUCUGCCCGGUGCUGCCUUCUUUGGGUGGCUCUCCUGCGCCGGCUGCUGUUUUGCGAAGGCCAGGUACAGGCGGCCGUAUCCACUGCAGCGUAAAAUCUGCCAGCUGAUCCCCACCAGCCUCGCCUACGUGCUAGAUAUUAGCCCCAUAGCCCACCGUCUGCUCACCGUCCCCUGGUCACAGGAGGCCUCCCUCCCCUUUCACGCCCUGCAGAUUGGCUCAUUCAUUUUGGCUGCCUUCUUCUUCUCCUGUCCAAUUCCGGAGCGUUUUUUUCCCGGUCGCUGUGACUUUGUGGGCCAGGGUCAUCAGGUGUUCCACCUGUUCCUGUCCCUGUGCACCGUGUUCCAGCUGGAGGCUUUGUUUCUGGACUACGCCAGGCGACGGGACGCAGUGCUGGAUGUGUUUGGAGAACGGCAGCUGUGGUGGGCUUGUGUGUCCUUCCCCUGUCUCUUCAUGUGUUGCAUCCUCACAGCUCUUAUAGCCAUGAGGCACAUGAACAAAAUACUUCAACAUGUAGAGAAGAAAAAGUGACAAUCUUUUUUGCGUGUGCAGAAAGAGCCCUAGGCUCAGUGAUUUCUACGAGUAUUCAAUCGGAUGUAACUUUUAAUUUAUGUAUUUAACAGCCUGUGUCUCUGAAGAGUGUGAUUACUUUUAAUAUCUAAACAAUAAAGCCAGCUUUAACGGAA